AUGCGCAGACCAGGAGGGCAAAGAGACAUGGUUCUAGAAUUCAUUGUACUUAUACGUGAAGCCAUACCACCCGUGCCCCUACUUCGACUUAACGACUUCCUCGAGGUUGAUUCAACCGACGAUAGGGACAUCGUGGUAGCCUGGGAGGAGUUUCAUCAGGAGCUGAAGCAAGACCUGCUCAUGACAGCUGUUUCAAGAUACCGAGAAGUGUAG